GCUAUUACGUAAACUUUUACAUCAGCCAGCGCCUGAACCUGAGAAGGACCCGAAAUUAUCUUUUUUUAAGUUCGAACUUGGGCCUGUAGGAAGACAACAUUCGAUUAGUAUGGCGCUUCGGUUACUCUCUAGACAAUUUCGUGGCCUUGGUCUAUGUGGUGUAAGAGGUCGUUCUACUGUCAGCAGUCCUGCAGAGGAUGUAUCGGAUGCCAAAUCAUCUGGCCUUUCUUUUGCCUUGUCUGAGGAACAGCAACAGUAUCAGGAUCUUGCAAGGAAGUUCACUGCUGAAGAGAUUAUCCCAAAGGCCGCUGAACAUGACAAAUCAGGAGAGUACCCAUGGGAAAUCAUCAAAAAGGCUUGGGAACUGGGUCUGAUGAACACACAUAUCCCACAAGAAAUUGGUGGACCCGGUCUUGGGAUCUUGGAUACAUGUAUCAUCACAGAGGAACUGGCCUAUGGCUGCACUGGUAUCCAGACAGCCAUCGAAGCAUGCUCAUUAGGGUCAGCACCAGUGUUAAUUGGAGGCAACGCUGAACAGAAGAAGAAGUAUCUUGGCUGGCUGGUCGAGGAACCCAUAGUCUGUGCAUACUGCGUAACUGAACCGGGAGCUGGGUCCGACGUCGCUGGAAUCAAGACAAAGGCUGUCCGUAAGGGUGAUAACUACGUUCUUAAUGGCUCUAAGAUGUGGAUCACCAAUGGGGGCCAUGCCAGCUGGUACUUCGUGCUCGCAAGAACCGACCCUGACCCCAAGGCACCAGCAAGCAAGGCAUUCACAGGGUUCAUUGUUGACAGGGACUCGGAGGGCCUCACUCUUGGAAGAAAGGAAUGGAAUAUGGGUCAGAGAGCAUCUGAUACCAGAGCAGUCAACUUUGAAGAUGUAGUUGUCCCAAAAGAGAACGUCCUGAUAGGAGAAGGUCAAGGGUUCAAGAUCGCCAUGGGUGCCUUCGACAAGACCAGACCGCCGGUUGCUGCUGGGGCUACUGGUCUUGCAAGGAGAGCCUUGGAUGAGGCUACCAAGUAUUCAAUGGAGAGACAGACAUUUGGCAGGACCAUUGCAAAUCACCAAGCAGUGUCCUUUAUCCUAGCUGACAUGGCCGUUGGAGUGGAGGCAGCACGGCUACUGACCCACCGGUCAGCCUGGGAAAUUGACCAGGGUAGGAGGAACACCUACUAUGCAUCUCUGGCCAAGUGCUACGCUGCCGAUGUGGCCAACAAGAAUGCCACCGAUGCCGUCCAAGUCUUUGGUGGAAACGGGUUCAACAGCGAGUACCCCGUUGAGAAGCUGAUGAGAGAUGCUAAGAUCUUCCAGAUUUACGAAGGUACAGCUCAGAUCCAGAGGGUCAUCAUCUCCCGAGAGUUGCUUACGCGGGCUAGCCAAACCACCAUGUGAAUGCAGCCAUCAUAAACCUAUAGUCUCUUUCGCACUUUAAGUGAAAAUUUCCUGUAAAACCAUUACAGGACCAUGGAAUAUAUUUUCAUUGUAAAUGGUCAGGUAGUAGGUUGGCACAUUGUAUAUGAAGAAACACAUACAUGCAAGUAAUAAGCAUUUAUGGUGUAUUGUCGUAUGGGAAAACCUCUGUAUUUGUUUGUGGCAUUAAGAAGAAAUGGUUUCAGAAUAAGAUACUGGAAGUAUGAAAUAAGGAGGAGAAAUGUUGGAAAACAAUCACAAGGUAUUUGAAGAUUGUGAGUAUACUAUAUUGAUGUGCAUGCACAAAUAUGAAUGUGAUAUUGGAAAAAUGUAUUUGAUAAUGCAUGUACUAAUAUGAAUAUGAUUUUUUUUCUAAUAUUAAAACUUUACAGUGUUUGUAUAUAUUUGAAAAUCUCUGUAAUUUCAUUACAACUUUUCACCAAUUUUAUUCUUUGGCAAAUGGUUAUAUCCCUUCAAGUAAUUUCAGCACAUCCUAAAAUUAAAUUCUGUAUAGUUUUGGUUUAUUUCCAAACAUAGUGCACUGAUAAAAUCACAUUGCUGAGUAAUCACAUUCAUUCUGUGAAGGUUGUUUUCAUCUGCAUUUGGUAAAUACAAGUAAAGAUAUUUGAACAGUCAUUGCAGCAUUAUUUCCUUGUGUUUUAGAA